UGAAAAAUGUUAUUACCAGUGAAGUACGAGUACUAAAUAAGAGUGUUAUGUUGUAGUUAAAAUAGCUGUCUCCGCUGCACCCAGUCAAAAUGCCAAGAAAACUAUUAAAAUUCCUAAUAGUGUUCGACAACACGUCACUGCUGUACUUUCCUGGACAGUUCCUCUCUGGUAAAGUGUUAAUGGAGCUGCAGGAUGACACCCCAGUUCUAGGGCUACACUUUCAUGUAAUCGGUGAAGGAGUAGUUAGAGUGGGAUCUGGUCGACACGAGAGGCUCUUUGAUAAGGAAAACUACAUCGACUUUAGAAUGCGCCUCUUGGGUGAACCAGGUCAUGGUACAUCAAUCCUAUCACCUGGUAUACACAGUUUUCCAUUCAAACUGGGUCUUCCCAUGGGUCUCCCGUCGACAUUUCUCGGCACACACGGCUGGGUGCAGUACUACUGUAAGGCUGCCCUACGAGAACCGAACGGCUUAACACAUAAAAACCAGCAAGUGUUUAUUGUGAUGAACCCGAUCGACUUGAACUUGGAACCGCCAGUUUUAGCGCAAGAGUUCGAGCUGAGCGUGGAGCACAAGCUGGGCGUGGGCUGCGUGGGCAGCGGCACGGUGAGCUGCCGCGUGGCGCUGGACCGCGGCGCCUACGUGCCCGGCCAGAGCAUCGCGCUCUCCGCGCUCGUCGACAACCGCUCGCGCACCGCCAUCCGCUCCACGCGCGCGGCGCUCACCGAGACGAUCCAGUACGUGGCGCACGGCAAGGUGGCGGCGCGCGAGUCCCGCGAGCUGGCGCGGCUGGCGCGCGGUAAGCUGCGCGCGGGCGAGGCGCAGCGCUGGCGCGGCGAGCUGCUGUACGUGCCGCCGCUGCCGCCCACCAACCUGCGCGGCUGCCACCUCAUCUCCGUGCAGUACGACGUCUUCUUCAUAAUCGAGCCGAAGAGCUUGGAGAAGGAGGUGAAGCUGCAGCUGCCCAUCCUGCUGGGCACGUACCCCUUCCGCGACGCGGCGGACGAGCCACGCCCACCCACGCACUACCCCACCACGCUACCCGUCUUCCGGCCCUGGCUGGCCGACAAGCAGGCCGACUAGGGGCCGACCAUUAAUCACAUGAGGCUCGAAGGGGAAACCAACAAAAAUCAA